CUCAAUUACUUGGACCACAUGACCAGCCACCUGAUCUAGGUUCUUCACUCGUCUUCGCGGUUCCUGUUGACACAGUUCGCAGUCUGGAAGCUAAGCUCGUUCUCGCUCAACGAGCCAAUCACGAGGUUCAUGUCCGCGAGCGUCUCCGUCUCCUCCGCUUUCUAGUAGUCGAGGGUCAAUUACGACUAAGUCUACCAGCUCUUCAAGCCGUUUGGACGAGUCUGCUUGGUGGCUCCGGCUACCGACGCAAAUUUAUUAACCAUAAUCAACAGCCAACUUCUCAUUCCACGAAAAUUGUCGGGGAUUCUUCUUUUCCUAAAAUAUCUAUGACGCGAAACGAGGCGUCUUCCAUAAUUGAUCACAGAGAGUUUUCUGGAUCGUUGGAUGAAAAGAUGAAUACUCUGAAGGAAGAGAAGUGCAGUGAGAAACGUCAUAUUGAAGAGGAGCUGGUAGAAUAUAAAGGUGUAGAUGAUAUGCAAGUCUUUACCGUCCUUGAUCAGAUAAAGCCAGAAAGGGGAGAUUCAUACCAG